AUGAGGCCCACGGGCUCCCCGGUUCUCUUCUUCGCCCUUCGACAGCGACCCAUCGUUUUCGGCCACGCACGGACACUCUCUUCAUUCGCCCUCUCCACCUCAACGCCUCCUCCAACACACGCCUCCCCGUCCCUCCAACUCUUCGCCGCCUUCGCGCGCAGGCGAACCUUCGCGACAGUCAGCCCGACCACCCCUCCCCCGUCCGAAAGCGCAGAUGCGCAUCCCUCACCUGCCUCGCCCUCACCCUUCGCACCCCCAAACACCGAGCCCGAGGUGUACCACGGCCCGCUCGCGGGCACCUUCCGCCGGCUGAAGCUCUUCUCGCUCUCCUCGCUCACCCUCACCUUCAUCAUCUCCCCCUUCUUCUUCCUCCUCGAGACCACCGCCGCCAUUCCGCUCGCCGGCCGCGCCGCCCUCGCCGGCAUCGCCGUCGGCACCUCCGGCCUCUCCACCGCCAUCGUCGCCUGGUGCGGCCGCCCGUACGUGACCGUCCUCCGCCGGCUCCCCGCGCCGAGCCCGGACGGCGCGGAGACGGUGGAGAUGACGACGCUCACGCUCGGGCUCAGGGAGCGCGUCACGACGGUGUACGACGCCGCGUUCCUCGUCCCGACGAGCCGGCCGUUCGCGGCGUGGGAGCUCGCGGCCGCGUUCCGCCUGCCCGCGGGCGAGACCGCGGCCGCGCGCGCGGCGGGGCUGCUCCCGCGCGAGGAGACCGUCGCGGAGACGCGGACGGGGGCGGGGGACGUGCUCGGGAGCUGGGUCGUCAGCUGGGACGAGCACGGGGAGGGGACGUGCCGCGAGGUCGGCAAGGUCGUCCGGUGA